AUGAGUCAAUUCAAUCAUAUACCGACCGAGUCUCAAAUAUUGUUAACCAAAUUUGAUCCAAUGGAGACACCAUAUGUUAAAAUAAUUCGAAAAAUAUUAAGAACUUUAACCAAAAAAUUUGAUCAUAUUGUGGCUGCUAUAGAAGAAUCUAAUAAAGAUUUAAGUUCACUCACCAUGACUAAAUUAAUGGGCUCUUUAUUAGCACAUGAAGAAAGAAUGCGUAAAUUUGAAGAGCAACCAAUUGAACAAGCUUUUCAGGCUAAAUUAAAAUUUUCUAAUAAUGGAAAAAAUAUAAAUGGCCACGGUAAUAAUUUUCAACCAAAAAAGGGUAAUUUUAACAACCGUGGUAGGGGGAGAGGAAAUCAUAAAAAUCAAGGGAGCCGAGAUAACAACUCUUAUUGCAUAUUAUGCAAGAAAAACAAUCAUAAUACAAGAGAUUGUCGGUACAAAUGCAAAAGAUGUACUCGACACUCUCAUUUUGAAAAAGAUUGUUAUUUUCGGCAAAAGGAAGAGGCUAAUUUCACAGAAAAUAAUGAUCAAUUAUUUUACACAUGUCUGAAUGCUCAAGAAGAGCAAACUGACACAUGGUACAUCGAUAGUGGUUGCUCCAACCACAUGACCGGAAAUAAAAAUUCAUUUGCUAAUCUUGAUGAAAAUAUAAAAUCACAAAUAACACUUGGUGAUGGGAGUAACCAAGUACUUGCCGGAAAAGGAACAAUUGUUGUUAAAACAAAAAACGGCUCCUCUAAAUUCAUCCCCGAUGUCUUUUAUGUCCCUGGGCUAGCACAAAAUUUGUUAAGUGUGGGUCAGUUAGUCUAA